UGUGACACGGUUUGCCUACGUUCCUCCGAACAGCUGUUUUAAAUGCAUUAUUAUGUUCUCCCUGUGAGUGGUUUUUUGUUUACGUCGUUAAAUUCCCUCAUCCGACAAUUACGCGAUGGGCAAUGACCAGUCCCGCAUGGCCGGAAUGCAGGUGGAGGAGAAGGCGGUGGAAGUCACAGACUUUUGGUCCCAUCACAGGGCCACAUUCAACACGGACAGCACAGUCUCUGUGUUCAUCGGAGAACCAUUAAUCGGUGGAUCUCUGUGGAUAUCGAACACACCAUUGGAGAAGGCCAGCAAAAAUCUAAUGAUACACAGACACCCUUGCAUAUUAAAGUACAUUUCGUCGUGGAGCAAGGGAUCGAAAUUCUAUUUGGCUGUGGAGAACGUGAAGCCUCUGUCUCAUAUGUUGGGUGGACAGAGCACGCUGCAGAUCUGCGUCGGAUUGCAUUCCAUUUUGAAGGCUCUCGUGUUUCUGCACGAGACUGCGGAGGCGUCGCACAACAACGUCUGCACCGCUUCGAUUUACAUUACCAAAGACGGAGCUUGGAAGUUGGGUGGACUGGAGUACCUGUGCAAGUUCAGGGAUACAAAUGCAGAUUACCUAUGCAAAUCCAAAACGCACAGGUACAGCAAAGCCAUUGAUCCCAACGAGAUCAAGAAUAUACAAGGGAGCAGAAAGGAUUGCGUCGAUAUCUACGCGUUCGCUGUAUUAGUCAAUGAAGUAUUCAAGAAGAAAACUGAUGAAACCGUACCAUCUCUGACGGAUUUUCUGGAGAUGUGCAAAAACGAUCUGCACAACGUCGUCGUAACGCAAAGACCGAAACUGUCUGCUCUCCUCGACCAUCCGUUCUUCAAUCACGAGUUCAUCUACAUCCACUCGUUCCUGACCGAACUCCCGUUGAAGUCUGACGGUGAGAAGGACGAAUUCUUCGGCUGUUUAACGAACAAGUUGAGGGGUUUCAACGAAGCCACCGUUGCGAGUCAAUUGGGUGCGUUGCUGCUGUCGCGGAUGGUCCUUCUGAACAAGAGCGCUCAAGCUGAAGUCAUUCCGUACGUUUUAAGCCCGAGACCAGAGGAGGACGAGGACGAGAAGAACGGUAGUUUUCUCUUCGGUUUGGACACGUUUCGGAAGCACAUCGUGCCGAAGCUGCUGGACAUAUUUAGAGUGCGAGACGCUCAGAUCAGAUUGCUUCUUCUCGAGUACCUGAACGGUUUCAUGACUUGCUUCAGCAAAGACGAACUGCAAUCGCAUAUAUUACCGGAGCUUUUGGUUGGCAUCAAAGAUACGAAUGAUCAUCUUGUCGCGGUGACUCUGAGGUCUUUAGCAGAUCUCGUUCCUAUCCUCGGUUCGGCCACCGUCAUCGGUGGUAACCGUGCGAGACUCUUCAACGAUGGUAGACCCAUGGUAGCGUCGAGCAAGAGCAGAAUUAGCAGACAAACGGAUAAGCAGAUACAACCGAUCGUUACGUUGGAUAAUGAGAUUCUGCGCAGGGAUUCGGAGCUUCCGGAGAGGCCCAGUCCGGACGGCGAAGAAGGAGAAUCCUCGACGGACGAAGUCGAAAUCACUGUCGAGGAAGAGGAUGUUGAGGAGGUGGUGGUAGGAAUGCAAGUGGAGCAGGAUUACGGUGAUGUUGAUGGUAGCGGUGGACGGUACGCGUCUCAUCAGGAGGAUGCAGAGAAUUGGGACGAUUGGGGAAACAACGACGACGAUGAAGAUGAUGAUGUUAAUGACAAUGAUGCAGUGCAGAUGCCGUCUACCGCACCGAUCUCUUUACCAGACAUCGCCGAGCUUGACAUCAAGAACCAGAAACAUUCUGGCGCAAAGAACGAGGAGGAAAUCGAUUUCUUCCAGGACAUGGAGCCCGUGAUUGAGGCCUCCUCCAAAUUCGUCGUGGACGAGAAGGGCGACGGCAUGCUCAACUUUGAGAUGAAGAGCGACGACCACCAGGAGGACGGUUGGGGUGACGACGACGACGGUUGGGAUCCGUAACGAUGAUGUGAUUGUGAUCUCAAUUAUACAUUUCUGUUGAUUUUCUUUUUUUUAAAUUGUAAAUAAACUUUAUAAAUUAUUUC